AUGGCUCCUGCCGCUGCCGAGAGCGCGUCGCCUAUUGGCAUUGCCAAUUUGCCCAACCAACGGCACAAGAUUGUCGCGAAGAGGGGUGCCGCAUUUACUAUUAUGGUUGCUGGCGAGUCCGGGCUGGGCAAGACCACUUUCAUCAACACGCUCUUCUCCACCACGAUCAAGAACUACGCCGACCACAAGCGCCGGCACCAGAAGCAGGUCGACAAGACCGUCGAGAUCGAGAUCACCAAGGCUGAGCUGGAGGAGAAGUUCUUCAAGGUCCGCCUGACCGUCAUCGACACCCCGGGCUUCGGCGACUAUGUCAACAACAGGGACUCGUGGAUGCCCAUCAUCGAGUUCCUCGACGACCAGCAUGAGUCUUAUAUGCUCCAGGAGCAGCAGCCGCGCCGCCAGGACAAGAUCGAUCUCCGCGUGCACGCUUGCCUGUACUUUAUCCGCCCCACCGGCCACACCCUCAAGCCCCUCGACAUCGAGGUCAUGAAGCGCCUGUGCUCGCGCGUCAACCUUAUUCCAGUUAUCGCCAAGGCCGACACCCUGAGCCCGGCCGACCUGGCCAAGUUCAAGUCGAGGAUCCAAGCCGUUAUCGAGGCCCAGAACAUCAAGAUCUACCAGCCGCCGAUUGAGGAGGAUGAUGAGGCUGCUGCUCAGCACGCACGCAGCUUGAUGGCUGCCAUGCCCUUUGCCGUCAUCGGCUCGGAGAAGGACGUGAAGACGAACGACGGCCGCAUCGUCAAGGGCCGCCAGUACUCGUGGGGCGUGGCGGAGGUCGAGAACGAGGACCACUGCGACUUUAAGAAGCUGCGGUCGAUUCUGAUCCGCACUCACAUGUUGGACCUUAUCCACACCACCGAGGAGCUGCACUACGAGGCGUACCGCGCGCAGCAGAUGGAGACGCGCAAGUUCGGCGAGGCGCGCCCGAGAAAGCUCGACAAUCCCAAGUUCAAGGAGGAGGAGGAGGCGCUGCGCAAGCGCUUCACCGAGCAGGUCAAGAUCGAGGAGCAGCGUUUCCGGCAAUGGGAGCAGAAACUCAUCGCCGAGCGCGACAGCCUCAACAAGGACCUCGAGCAGACGCACGCCCAGAUCAAGCAGCUCGAGGGCGAACUGGAGCAACUGCAGGGGAGCGCCGUCCGCAGCCACGGACGUCGCUAG